UCGCUCGGCACGUGGUCUCUAGAGGAAUAUCAGCCUACUCGUUACCAUCAAGAGCCUCAGCGUGAACCACUUCAGUGUUGCUUCUUCCUUAAUCCUAGUGGCUGGUCUUAAAACUUCUUCACCCUUCUUUAACCCUCCCCCACCUUUCCAACCAACCACAAAACACUUCGUUUGAGUCGCACCCUCGUCUUGGUUUCUUCCAAAAUGGCUCCUGCAGGCCAAACUACCUAUUCGAAAGAUGAACGAGUGCUCUGCUUCCAUCAUGAGAUUCUGUACGAGGCAAAGAUUCUUGAUGUCAGACAUGUCGACCCCGACGACCGCAAAAGCCCGUAUGAGUACCUAGUACACUACAAGGGUUGGAAAAACACCUGGGAUGACUGGGUCCCCCAAGAUCGUCUACGUAAAUUUACCGAGGAGAACAGAGAGCUGGCAACUACCCUUCGCCGUGAGGCCGAGGCCGCGUUCCGUCAGAAGAGUACCAAGUCAUCCGCAAAGAAAAGGGGAGGUUCCGAUCGUAGCUCCGCCCGGGGAAGCGAAGAACGCCAGAUGUCCGUGCCUGGCCGCGGAACCAAGAGAGCUAGGGACAACGACAUCGAAAAGGAGGAUAACUUCUACGUGCGGCCCUCAGUAAGGAUUGUUAUGCCCGAUAACCUGAAGUCGCUUCUGGUCGAUGACUGGGAGAAUGUGACGAAAAACCAGCAGGUCGUGGCUUUACCGGCUAAGCGCUCGGUUAACCAGAUCCUGGAAGACUAUGCUGAAGCAGAGAAGCCUAAGCGCACAAGCUCAGCUGAUCACGAUGUUCUUGAAGAAGUUAUUAUGGGAAUUAAAGAAUACUUCGACAAAGCUCUUGAUAAAAUCCUACUUUAUAGGUUUGAACGCGAACAAUACCGGAACCUCCGCAAGAAGUGGGAGUCCGGAUCAGGGGAAUUUGGCGACAAAGGACCCUUAGAUAUCUAUGGCGCCGAGCAUUUAACUCGUCUCUUCGCCACUAUGCCUGAGCUGAUUGCGCAGACCAAUAUGGACCUUCAAUCUACUAAUAGACUUCGCGAGGAACUUUCCAAGUUCACUCUCUGGUUGAGCAAACAAUCCAGCCAGUACUUUGCCACCAGAUACAUGACUGCCAGCAAUGAGUACGUUGAGAAGUCUAAGGGCGUGCCAAACCCGAAUCCUGGCACUGCUACUUCACGCCUGGUCUAAAGUAGAUUAAAGCAAGGGCUUCAGUACACGUUGACUGCUCUUGAGACACGGUGUUAUUGCAUGAUGGGCCAACUUGUUACCCCUUUUCUUAAUUCUAUCUUUCUUUCUUU